AUGACAAAAUUGCUAAGUGGAGUUGUUCACCAGACAGACAUGCCUUCGUCGCCCCUAUCUGUACCCGUAUAAAUACAAACUAUCGAUACAACGAAAGCCAAACUCUGCUGAAAGUAACAGUCAAGUGCCCGCGUGUUGGCACCCAGCCGCCUUAUCGGUGUGCCGGAUCAGCGCUGACCCGGGGCUAAACUACAGCAACCACAGGCGCACACACCAGUCGUUUAGAUAGACACAAGCAACUGCUUCACAUUAGAUAUACAUAUCUAGCUGUUUGGUGUAGUGUUUACUUUACAAGUUAUAUAUACACACAGUUGCCAGUGUGUAUAUUUAAAACCAUAAACGAAAGAGAUUUUGCAAGACAAACCAAGCAAGGACGUAGAAAGAGAACCAAAGAAUGUAUGUUAUUUUAUUGUUAUUAACGUUAAUCCUGGUUUAUCUGCUGUAUUCCAUCUAUAGUUAUGGUGCAAAACCAUUUUCAUUGUUUAAAUCCCAUGGAAUUCCAGGACCGGAACCAAAACACUUCAUUGGAAACUUGGAUUCAUUUAAAAAGCCUCGAUAUCUUCUUGAGAAAGAAUGGUGUAAAAAGUUUGGAAGUGUAACAGGGUAUUUCAUAGGUCGAAAUCCCUAUUUACUGAUAACCGAUCUACAAAUGAUAAAAACAAUCAUGUCAACAAACUUUGCUAAUUUCCGGAACCGACCGUUUGAUGUUCCGACAGAUGAUUUCACAGAACUUUUCUUAAUGAAUACCAAAGACCAAUACUGGAAAUUCCUGCGAACUCUCAUGAUGACGGCAUUUAGUAACAAGAAGCUUAAAGAGUCAUUAUAUUUAAUGAAAGUCUGUGUCGCAAACUUUGUAACGAACAUCUCCCAGGAUGCGGCCAGUGGGAAGGAGUUUUGCAUUAACCAAUAUUGUAGCAGUUAUACAAUGGACAUUAUUGCUGCAACUGGCUUUGGUAUUGAAAUCAAUUCCCAGAUGAACAUGAACCACCCGUUUGUGCUCCAUGCCAAAGCCCUCUUUAAACCUGGCUUCCUCAAAUAUUUGAUUGCUCUCACAUUUGUCUUUCCAUUUCUGUGGCAUUUGGUCAACGUUUACAUCAUUUUGGCUGGAGAACGGAAGCACAGAAACUUUUUCGCUGCAAUCUGCCGAAACACAAUUCUUUUCCGAAGAAAUAAUCCUGAAAUUGUGCCUAACAAAGACAUUCUUCAGACAAUGUUGGAGGCACAGGCUAACUUGCAAGGCGCCAAGACUGAGAACCAAAAUGUAACAGACCAAUAUGGUCUUUCAGACAAACAGAUCAUUGCGCAGGCGACCAUGUUCUUGUUGGCUGCCUAUGAAAACACGGCCAACACCAUUGCGUUCUUGGCUUACCAAUUGGCUUUGAAUCCUGACAUACAGAACCGAGUCUAUGAAGAAAUCACGGAAAUGGUUGAGGGCGACGUUACAUUUGAGAACCUCCAACAGCUGAAAUACCUGGACAUGUGUCUGGCCGAAGUGUUGCGGUUGUACCCUGUGUCACCAAGGACCAAUAGAAUUGCAGCUAAAGAGUCAGUAAUCCAGGGAUGGACAAUUCCAACAGAAGCAGACGUUGUUUUCCCAAUAUAUACCAUACAUCAUGACCCAGAAAUCUGGCCGGAACCAGAAAAAUUUGACCCUGAACGGUUCAGAGCAGAAAACUCCGAAGGCAGACAUCCGUACAGCUAUUUACCAUUUGGUGGUGGCCCACGGAUGUGUAUGGGGCCGAAAUUUGCUCAGCUGGAAUCAAAACUAGCAAUUGUUGAGAUUCUACGUUCUUAUGAAUUAUUACCCUGUGAAAGGACAGAGAUUCCUGUCGAACUUGAUGAUAACUUUUUGUUGGCCCCCAAAAAUGGAAUUUGGUUAAAAGUUGAAAAACGCAAAGACACAGAAUUUUAAAAAAUGUUAUUAUUCCAGCAAUUACUGCGAUAAAUUAAUUAUAUUCAGCGGUGGUGGUCGUGGGGAGAAAGAAAGAGAGAAAACCGAAAAUAAAUUAAAGACACAAGUGUUACAAAUAAAAAAAAAAGAAAAAGGAAAACAAAGAAGAAAACGUUAGAUGACUCGUUAACGAUAUUAAACGAGGUGUUUGAAGGCCGGUCUUAAUUUGUA